UUUGACCUGAUCAAAUAAAGUUAACUCCUUGACUCCUGAACCUUCUUUGUCUGAGAGAUUUUUUGAACUUCAAGAUCGACUUCUACCACAUCAGUACGUACAUAACCACAAAUGAGAAAAAAAAACAUGUUGCUAUCUUUGAGUUGGGGAAAUAUCAGCUAUGACGGAGGAGAGAAGCAAAACAGAGUAAGGGGAAGUUGCUGUGCUGAUACAUAGAGUUAACCACUCAACCACACAUUCACAUGAGAGACAAAGAGAGAGAGAGAAAGAGAAAGAGAGAGAGGGGGGACGACAGAGCGACAUACAGUAUUAGAAGAGUAACUGAACGCUGAGCUGGUUAAAGACUGUUACGAUUAUUUAUUCAUUAUUAUCAAGUAUUUGGUUCUUUGGAGUAUUGUGUGGGGAAUGGGAGCUGGAUUCGUUGUUGGAUAUGCUGCUUAUACAUUGAUAUAAAUAUGGAUUUCACCUCAUGGAUUUGUGUGCUGGUCAUGUGGACACAGAUUGGGCUUUAUGCAGCAGGUGCAGAUCAGAAAAUAGAAGUAAACUAUGAAAUAUGGGAAGGAAAUGCAACUGUGUUCUGGGAUCCCCCUGAUGGAGCUCCUCCAAAUGCCCUUUAUCAAGUCCAGCAGUCAAAAUAUGUGCAUACUGAAUGGCACAUCGUGCCAGACUGUAACAUGACUAAAGAAACUACAUGUUAUCUCGGGAACCUUAUAUCCCUACCAGAAGAAGUAAAAGUAAAGGUUGGACUGUUUCAAGGCAAUAGCAGCUUUUCCUGGUCGAGUAACCGAAGAAUUCGUUUAGUGAACUUCAAAUUGUUAGCUCCAGAGUUCCACCUGUCUUCCACCACUAAAUCAGUGAAGGUUACGAAUUUCAGGAAGCAGUUUCUGGCGAAGCUUUUUGACUUUGGCCCACGUUACACAGUCACUCUGUACCCCAAAGGAGAUAGUCAGGCUAUAACACAAAUUGAAGACGAGGAUGAAGAUGGUGAGGUUGAGUUUAGUUCAUUACACUUCUUGCAGGAAUAUUGUGUCAAUGUGACAGUGGAGAUGGUAUCCGCAGAUGUUAGGAACUCCUCAUUACAGCAUUGCAUAUAUACAUCAGCAGACAGGUCACUGGUGAUCUCCAUAGUAACUCUUGGUGUAGUUGGAACUGUGUCAUUCUUCAUGUUUGCCAUCUGUUUCUUCCUGAGGCGUCCUGGUAAAAUGCCUGCAGCUCUGAAAUCUGCUGUGAACGGAUGGCACCCCAUGAACAUAGGAUCCGUCCACAUUGAGACCAUCACUGACAAGGGGUGGCUGCUGAUGAGCAACAAAACAGAAGAAAAGACUAAUGCGCCUGACAAUACAACAUUAUUCCCUGAGGAAGAUAAAGAGAGGAGAGAGAGUACAGACAGCGGCGUGAGUGUCGGCCAGCAGGACUCGAUAAAGCUCAGAGGAUCGGAUACGCAGACAGUAGAGGACGACAGCGGCUGUGGAAGCCUGACGGGAUCUGAGGACGGUGGAAGAAGAAGCAUGGAAGAACUUCCUUCUCUGGACGGAGGAAUGAGCGGCGGCGAGCGCGGAGAGGACAGCGGUUUGGGAAUGGGGAACCGGGAUGGUUCCGACAGUCUCAAAGGGGCGGACAGCGGACUCCUUUGCGAGGUAGUGGUCGUCGGAGAUGGAUAUCGGAGUCAGAGCCCUUCUGCGGAUGAACAAGGGGAAAUAACCGUACCUUGUGAUGUAGACAGUAAUAUGGUGAGCCCGAGUGGUGGCUACAGGUCCGGUCAUGUGACAUGCUUGUGUUCAGACUUCGAAAUGUGCAUGUGGUGUAAAACUAGGAAGCUCGUAGCGACAGACUGUGCUUCAGCGUCUCAUGAGAAAACCAAUUGCACUUUUACAACGGAAAACAACGACAGACCUAGCUAUCUGAAAAACUCUGAGAAGGAAGUGAUUGUGUUAGACGAGUUGAAUCCUCAGUCGGACUGUGAAUCAUCUGCUCUUUUGAUUUCCUUUCCCUUAUUUCAUGGACAAAAUCAGCAGUUGGACACUUCGCCUCUUACAUUAGGAGAUGUAGAACUGACAUUCACGUGAGCAAAUGUUUAAUGUACGCGUAAGCAAGCAAAACGGAUGUGGUAUGGACAUUAUACAUACCUGCUCUUCCUUGUUUCCUGCAACUUACAUUCAUACUGUAAGCAAUGUUUACAGAUACAGCAGAAAGAUCUCUGGGGCAUCGUUCGAUGAUUGCUGUACACAUCGGGUCAUUUUGUUAAUGCCCUACCGGAGAAAUUUGAGAAUAACAUUACACCAAUGUUUCCCUGAUAAAAUGUGAGAUAUGACCUGAAUGUGGCUGCUACAGCUUGAAAAUGAGUAAACCAAAACUGUUGGUGGUUAAAUCAAAUGUCACUGCCAGCUUUCAACAUCAGAUCGUGAUCUCAAUCCCGCGUAUCUCACCCACCAAUAAUUCAGUUGAUUGUGUUUCGUUCUGGUGUUGAUUUGAUGCAGAUUUGCACACACUUGUAUUUUGCAUUUGGUCUAUUUAUUUAUUGACUUAAAGGGAUAUUUCACCCAAAAAUGAAAAGUAUGUCAUCAUUUACUCAUCCUCUUGUCGUUUCAAAGCUGCAUGACUUUCUUUCUUCUGCAGAACACAAAGAAGAUAUUUUGAAGAAUGGUGGUAACCGAACAGCGGCGGCACCCAUUGACUUGCAUUGGUUUUGUGUCUAUGCAAAAGAAAUGAUAGGGUACCGGCACUGUUUGGCUACCAACUUUCUUCAAAAUAUCUUCUUUUGUGUUUUGCAGACGAAAGAAAGUCAUACAGGUUUAAAAAUGAGAUGAGGCAGAAUUGAUGACAGAAUUAAAAUUUUUGGGUUAAUAUGUUGAAUUGUGUCAUAUGUGACAAAAAUUAUAUUUUAAUAAAAAAAACCAGA